AUGGCGCUACCUGAUUUGAACGCGGGCGCACUGGCGCCCGUGGCCGACGAACACGAGUCUGUCGCCUUCGAAAUUACUGGCCGGGUACCUGCAGAUCUUAACGGCACCUUAAUUCGUAACGGACCCAAUCCUUUCGCAGGGAAGUUCGCAGGCGCAGAUGUGCUCGACUGGUGGCCCGAGGCAGCCAUGUUGCACGGCAUCAGCUUUGCCGGCGGUAAGGUUACCCGUUAUCGAAACCGCUGGGUGCAAACCCAGAAUUAUGCUGCCUAUAAGGGUGAAGAUGUCACCUCGCGGGUGAACUCUAAUCCCAAUGUGAACGUGAUUGAGCAUGCUGGCGAGAUAUUGGCGUUAGCGGAAGGUGGUCCGCCGGUACGUAUAAAUACGUUGCUGGAGACGUUAGGCCAAAGUGAUAUUCAUCCAGCCUUGAAUGCAGGAGUAACCGCCCACCCAAAAAUUGAUGCCAAAACGGGUGAACUGAUGUGUUUUCGAGCCGAUUGGGCAGCACCUUUUCUAACCUACGGUGUGUUGAAUCGAGAGGGUAAGCAAACUGUUGCUCUUGAAGUGGAUCUGGCUGCACCCUCGAUGAUGCAUGAUAUGGCGAUUACUGCUCGUCACAGUAUUCUCAUGGACCUUAACGUGGGUUACGACUUUUCGAUGUUCGAUGAGGGUUACCGAAUACCUAUCUGUUGGGAUGACAAGCGAGCUUCACGGUUAUGCGUUCUUGCUCGUGACGGAUCCACCAUGAACUGGUUCGACAUCGAACCCUGUUUUAUCCAGCACGUUGUCAAUGCAUACGAAAAGUCACCGGACAUCCUCGAAAUGGAUGUUGUGCGUUAUCCCUGCUAUUUCAAACGUGACACACAGAACCGAGGUUUUUUAUCAAAUCCGCUGGGUGUUUUGUGGCGCUAUACGAUUGAUCUCGUUCGAGGUAGCGUAACCGAGCGGCAGCUAGACGACCUGCAUAUUGAAUUGCCGCGGAUUAAUGAGUUUUUUGUUGGUCAUCCCAAUCGAUACCUUUACGCGGUUGUGCAACCUUCAGAUCAAGAGAUGCGUGGCAUUGUUAGUUACGACCUGGCCUCCGGUACCCAGCAGAUUCAUCAGGUAUCUCCCGGUGAUCAAAACAGCGAGCCGAUAUUUGUACCCAAACCUGGUGUCAGAAGUGCAAAAGAGAACGACGGCUAUAUUCUAGUGUGUGUGUUUCGGCAAAGCUCGAAUACCACUGAAAUCCGCAUCCUCGAUGCUGCGGAUAUUUCCAAAGCACCGCUGGCGACAGUGGACCUCGGGUUGGUUGAGGGAGCACUGGUUGACCGAUCUGACAUCGCGUACAUUGCGGACCGAACCGCGGAACGGACGAUCCGCGAGGCGAUAGAACGCUCCUUCCCGAGUCACGGCAUUUACGGUGAGGAAUACGGCCACAAACCAGGUAAUGGACUGACCUGGGUCAUUGAUCCCAUUGAUGGCACACGCGCCUUCAUGGCAGGCAUGCUGCAUUGGGGUGUACUGUUGGCAUUGUUUGAUGGCGAGACGCCCAUUGUUGGUGCCAUGUACCAGCCUUAUACCGAUGAACUUUUCCUUGGUGAUGGAGAGACAACUCAUCUGGUACGUGGGCCGGACAAACGCGUACUACGUACCUCAACCUGCGAGGAUCUGUCUUCUGCGGUGCUUGCCACUACCGGAUACGACUGGUUCACCGCGGAAGAUCUAACCCGCUUUGAGCGCCUGAAAUCGUCUGUCCAGCUUUACCGCCUCGGUGGCGACUGUUACCUCUAUGGUGCGGUUGCGAUGGGCAACGUACACAUCGGUACUGACGCUUCUCUGAAUGCUUAUGACAUCCUAGCAUUGAUACCUAUUGUUGCUGGCGCCGGAGGUGUAGUCACCACCUAUGAUGGUGGUAAUGCCAGCAUGGGUGGUGCUGUGGUAGCUACUGCAAACCCUGUGCUGCACAAACAGGCUGCUCAUCAUGAAGAAGCAAAAGCAGGCACCAUUGUAGACGUUGCUGCGAGCGUUGAUACGUUCAGCACUCUGGUCGCCGCGGUGCAAGCUGCCGGUCUGGUCGAAACCCUGUCCAGUGAAGGGCCGUUUACCGUGUUUGCACCAACAAACGAAGCUUUUGCAGCUUUACCUGCGGGUACGCUGGACGCAUUGCUUGCAGAUCCCGAGCAACUGGCCGGCAUUCUGACGCUGCAUGUGGUUUCCGGCAAAGCGCUCGCUGCGGACGUGGUUGGAUUAACCGAGGUCACCACUGUCGCAGGCAAAGUGUUGCCGAUUUCAACCGCUGAUGGCGUGACUGUAGGUGGAGUGAACGUUAUUCAGACCGACGUCAUGGCAAGCAACGGCGUGAUCCAUGUGAUCGACGCCGUCAUUCUCCCCUGA